UCGCCUAAUUAGCUAGGCCGCCACGUUCGUGUAAGUUCUUGUCGGUUUUCUUUCACCAACACGCCAAACGAGUCAAAGCAGACAGGAGAAAGUGCGCGGAAAGCCGUUAGUCUGUGGGAGCGUCUCUCCUCUGAGGACGUGCUGGUGCUGUUUCUUUAAGAGCGUAAGGUGGGAGAGGAGAGCCCCUCACUGACGCGCUGACAUAAAUUUAGCAACAACGUGCUCCACGGCCACAACAAUCUGGAAGCAAAUAUGACAUGUCAUGUCAGAAAGCACUUUUCCAGUGAGGUGAAACUCGGCGAGAACUACGAGAAGAGACACAUUCACGCCUUUUCCAGCGUCCACCAGGCUCAGCACUGUGAAUUCUGUCAAUUCGCCCAGAACUGAACUGUCAGAGCUAGAAUGAGGCGAACAGGACUGCUCUUCAUGUGGUGGGCUUUGCUCUUCUUCAAGGUGUGGGCAGAGGCUAGUGAUGGAGAAGCCGUCUUCAUCCGCGAGUUCACCCUGAGCCGCCAUGACGACUUCCCUGAUGAUUCCCAGAAUGAAGGUCCUGGAAGCCACAAGUCUGAAGAUUCUAGCUCUCGCACCGCACGCUCAGAGGAGGACAGGGAGACACUGUGGGAUGCCUGGGGCGUGUGGAGUGAGUGUUCACGCACCUGUGGAGGAGGAGCUUCAUAUUCCCUCAGGCGCUGUCUUAGCUCCAAGGCUUGUGAGGGGCAGAAUAUCAAAUACCGCACAUGCAGUAAUGUGGAUUGCCCACCAGAAUCCGGAGACUUUCGUGCUCAACAGUGCUCAGCCCAUGCUGAUGUGCACUACCAGGGCCACUACUACGAAUGGCUUCCAGUGGACAAUGACCCCGAGAACCCAUGUGCCCUCAAGUGCAGAGCUAAAGGCACUGACCUGGUGGUAGAACUGGCACCCAAGGUUUUGGAUGGGACACGUUGCUACACAGAGUCUUUGGAUAUGUGCAUCAGUGGGGCCUGUCAGAUUGUUGGCUGUGAUCAUGAGUUAGGGAGCACUGCUAAAGAGGACAACUGCGGCAUUUGCAAUGGAGAUGGUUCGUCUUGCAGACUUGUGAGAGGGCACUACAAAUCCCAGCAUGCCAGUGGGAAAACUGAAGACACCGUGAUUGUUAUUCCCUAUGGAAGCAGGCAUGUGCGGCUGGUUCUGAAAGGCCCGGAUCACUUGUACCUAGAAAGCAAGACCUUACAGGGGGCCAAGGGAGAACUUUCUCUGGAUGGGACCAAACAGUACAUUCUGGAAAACACAACCAUUGACUUCCAAAAGCUCUCAGACAAGGAGGUUCUGAGAAUCACCGGACCACUAGAAGCCGACUUUACUGUCAAAGUUCAUUAUGCCAGUGGUGUGGACAGCGUGGUACAGUUUAUCUUCUACCAGCCCAUUGUCCAUCGCUGGAGAGAGACUGACUUCUUCCCUUGUUCUGUAACCUGUGGAGGAGGAUAUCAGCUGACCUCAGCUGAGUGCUUUGACCUGCGCAGUAAUCGUAUGGUGGUGGACCAAUAUUGCCAUUAUUACCCUGAGAAUGUCAAACCCAAACCCAAACUGCAGGAGUGCAACAUGGACCCUUGCCCUGCCAGUGAUGGCUACAAGCAAAUAAUGCCCUAUGACCUCUACCACCCGCUGCCACGGUGGGAGAGUAGCCCGUGGACGGCCUGUUCCAUGUCCUGCGGUGGAGGAGUCCAGAGCCGCUCUGUUUCCUGUGUGGAAGAAGACAUGCAGGGAAACAUCACUCCUACAGAUGAGUGGAAAUGUCUGUAUGCAUCCAAGACAUCCAUCGUACAGCCAUGUAAUACAUUUGACUGCCCAACAUGGCUUGCACAGGAGUGGUCACCGUGCACAGUGACUUGUGGACAAGGCCUUCGCUACAGAGUGGUCCUGUGCAUCGAUCACAGAGGCCUGCAUGCUGGAGGCUGCAAUCCCACCACAAAGCCACAUAUAAAGGAAGAGUGCCUGGUUCCUGUUCCCUGUUACAAACCCUUAGAGAAGCUCCCUGUUGAAGCAAAGCCACCAUGGUUCAAGCAAGCCAUAGAACUGGAGGAAGAUACUGCUGUGUCUGAGGAGCCAACGUUUAUCCGAGGAGCAUGGGGGCCCUGCAGCAGGACAUGUGGUGCUGGAACACAGAGGCGCACAGUGAAAUGUCAGGUGUUGCUGUCCUUCUCUCAGACAGUGGCUGACCUUCCAGACGAUGAGUGUGAGGCGCAAAAACCUGCAGAGAGUCAGCCCUGUUACCGUUCUCCCUGCCCUGGAGUGAGAACUGAGCAGGAGAGCGAGAGAGUUAGGAGCGUAGUUCUAGAGAGGGAGGAGCUACAUGACUGGGAGUAUGAGGGUUUCACUGAGUGCUCUGAGACGUGUGGUGGAGGUGAGUGAUUUCUUUGGUUCUAUUCAAAACUCUUGACUACAGCAGCUUCUGGAAGGCUGUUAAACUGUUAUUAGUGGAAUCAGUUAAGUGGAGAGUGUCAGCAUUAAUUCUAGACUA